AUGGGUUCUCUUGAUAUUCCUAAGUCGUCGUACCCUCCGUUCGCGGAUACCGGCUCGCUGAAGGGCUUCAAGCAAGUCGCUAUCACGCCGAUCCUAGGUACUGAAUUCAAGGAUGUCGACAUUACUGAAUGGCUGAGAGCCCCCAACUCAGAUGACCUCCUGCGGGAUCUCGCUCUUCUUAUCGGCCAACGUGGUGUCGUCUUCUUCCGCAAUCAGCACAAGGUCAACGAUGACCUGCAGAAGGAGUUCUGUCGCCGGGUCAAUGAGCUGUCGGGGGCGCCCAAGGAGAAUGGCUUCUACCGCCACUCUCUGCUCGCCAUGCAUGGCGAAGACCCCGAGAUGGGCAAAGUCGACCCUGACCGUCUCAAGGCUAUGCACGGAAUUGAUACCAAGGGCUUGCCCAGACAGACACAUAUCAAGGAGUGGCACACGGACUCGAGCUUUGAGCCGGCGCCGCCUACUUACACUGUGCUGCGCAUGACAAUUUUGCCCGAGACGGGCGGUGACACCUUGUGGGCCUCUGGCUAUGAGAUUUACGAUCGUCUCACCGAGCCGUACAAGAAGUUUUUCGACUCCCUGACGGCAACCCACUACAACGAUGGCCUCUACAAGUACGGCAAGGCCAACCCCGAUAAAAUGUUCACAGGCCCUCGCGGUGCCGCCCAGAACACGGGUCUAGACUUCAAGAGCCACCAUCCAUUGGUGAGGACUCACCCACUCACCGGGUGGAAGAGCGUCUUUGGCUGGGGCGCCAACUGCCUCGGCAUCGACGACGUUACCGACGACGAGUCCAAGCAGCUCACCGAGAAGAUCACGCGUCUGAUCCUGGACAACCAGGAUAUACAGGUGCGGUUCCGCUGGGAGAACACUGGCGAUCUGGCCAUUUGGGACAACCGAUGCACCUUUCACGCAGCGACAAGCGACCAUUUCGGGGUUGGCCCCCGUCAAGGCUGGCGAUGCAUGACCAUGGGAGAGGCGCCGUUCUUGGACCCCAACAGCAAGAGUCGUAAUGAGGCCACUGGUGGUUGGCCAUAUGCUCUGAAAUGA